GAACUAAAAAAGCGGAUAAGAUGUGAGGUGUAUCUUGACGCCGACCCAGUUUGUUCUUUUUCACUCGGCACUAAGGAUCGUUAAAGCCUUACCCGUCCUUCGUCCUAAUUAAAGUGAUUAUAGAGUGAUAUCUGUGACCAAGGAUGCAAGUACAACCGCCGGUGUAUCAAGGGCUCGAGGCGAACGACGACUUGGCCGCUGUUCGGCGCCGUCCGUUAAAGUCAAAACUCAGUCGUCUUGGUCAUAUUGUGAGCAUGUACAUUCCUUCGGUGUCCUCUUCAGACCGCAAAGAAGACAAGGAAUCAGGGGAACACACCGAGUUGUUGUCCACAAACUCCGUGACCCGCAGUGAAUUUCGAACAAGCGAAUACGAUCAACUGUAUGAGUUCAAACUGUUGUACUCCGGGGAGAACCUGGUGAAAACUAUCGUAGAAUGUAUCGGAACGCCGCUACUCGCUUCCACCGGUCAAGCUAGGCAUAUUACGACGAUCGCAGCCGACCAACAUACUAUUUAUGUAGGCCUGGAGGAGCUCCCUUACAUAUUCCUCCUGAAAGCACAGAAUGACGACCACAACCAGUAUGCGAUUCACCCUGAGCCCGGCUCGGAAUCCAGUCCGAUUAAAGGUUACAUACAGUUGCAUGUACCGAGGGUAGGCGAUCUGGUUCCACAAGAACUUAGUGUGUACUCUCCUUCACCUGAAUCCACCGUGAUGUACAUUGUUGGCUGGGUCCGGGUCAUGAAAGAUAAACAGACGUAUUCCAUUGACAAACGUUGGCUUUUGGCUAAGUUUUCUCUCACUGGGCAGCAUCUAUCUCGGACUCCACUGCACCCGUACCAGCGCUACUCCGGCCUCUCUGUUGAUACUAUCGAUGGACGGCUACUCCUUACGUGUCCGAAUCUCGGUGAACCACAGUCCAACCUUUGUUCGGAUAACACAGUCAUUGGCCAAGUGUGUAAGCUUACACCAAAUUUCGACCGCCGUGUGUUCUCCGUAACCAUGGGUAACGAGACCGCGGUCUAUCGACCAGAUUUCAUAGCUCAAGAGUCUGCAGGUCACUGCUGCUGGGCCUCGGUGGAACGAUCGGCACGAACUCAAACAGCCACACCUCCAGAUGGAAAACCAAAAUUAUCUCGCCGUUUGUUUGCUUUUCCUGGACGUCAGCGUGUUGGCGGCGAAAAGAUUAGCCCUCGCGUCUGGCUACAUGUGGUAUCGUGGGAUUUUGCGGAACUUAAUCCGGGCCGCAUCGUAGCAUUCGAUGCGGCGCACUUGCUGGUAAUUGACGCGACUACUGGCAGUCUGUCCUACAUUACUUGGGCCGACGAAGACGAUAAACCUGUUCUGCAUCGCAUUACACGCCCCGGUUCGAACCCGAUUCGUCUUAUUUGUUCGAAUUACCACGCAACCUCUACCGGGGAUGGAAUAAAUCACAGUCCUAUCGCAUAUUUUGUCUCGGGUGACAGCAUCUUCUCUUUUGUGUUCCGACUCGAUUCCGCUUCCGCAUAAUCAAACAGCUGGAGGAUAUGCUUUAUGAUGUAAAAAUGGUCUUCCCCUCCCCCCUUCCAAACACAUCAGAUGACACUGUAUCCGUAGCGUUGUGGAUUUGCAUCUCGGAAUUUUACUUAUAUAAAAGUUCCAGACUAAUCUUCAACAAAUAGUCAGAUGACGAACAACGGUGAGUGCUUUGUGACGUUCUGAAUGGGAGAGAUUAUUGAUCAGUUUUAACUGUCAUGUGGCCGUUAUAACUAAUGGCAUCCUCAAUGGACUCUGAUUGAGAUUUGCUCCAGUGUGUUCCCACCAUCACAUUCAUUGCAUAAGCUGAUAGAUUCUGCUAGUCUUUGAUUGCCGCAAUCGAUAACAGUAAAUAAAGUUAUGGCACUUUUCCGGACGAUGCGAGCUGUUACUUAGCAAAGACAGAUCAACUAGUAAUGUAUUUACCUUAUCAUAUUGUUAGCUAAAUACAUAAGCACAAAGUUUGUGUUUGCAUGAGUGACAU